CGGGGUUUGUGGAGGAAGAUGGCUGCCGUCCGCGGACUGUCUCUAACGGCCGCGGCGCUGAGAGCGGUCACUCCCUGGGCAAGGGGCAGCAGGCUCCUUGCGGCCUCUCGAGGACCUCAGGCUCGUCGGGAAGCGUCGUCCUCCAGCCCCGAGGCCGGCGAAGGGCAGAUCCACCUCACCGCCAGCUGCGUCCAGAGACUUCUGGAAAUCACCGAAGGGUCGGAAUUCCUAAGGCUGGAGGUGGAGGGAGGUGGAUGCUCUGGAUUCCAAUACAAAUUUUCCCUGGAUACAAUUAUCAACCCCGACGACAGGGUGUUUGAACAGGGCGGGGCGAGAGUGGUGGUUGACUCUGAUAGCUUGGCCUUUGUGAAAGGGGCCCAGGUGGACUUCAGCCAAGAACUGAUCCGAAGCUCAUUUCAAGUGUUGAACAACCCUCAAGCUCAGCAAGGCUGCUCCUGUGGCUCAUCCUUCUCUGUCAAACUUUGAUGUGAUGACAGGUGACCCAGAGAUUGCUGCCACUUGUACCAAUUUGAGGAGCCUAGGAUUAGUAGAAUUCUAGAAGUUUCCUUCCAAUCAUGUCUUCCUCUCAGUUUUAUUUCCCUCAGUCCAGGAGUGUUGUGUUUUGCCACUGUUAUUUUCAGAAUAUGAAGCUUUUACUCUCGAUCUGUUUUUCACUCACACAUUUCUGAGGCCAAGCCUCUAGGUGCUGUGAUCUAAGAUACACUAACUGGUUGAAAUCUGCCUGCUAUAAUCUGUAGAGCCUCCAGCGUUCCAAAAUUUGGAGUCACUUCUCAGGUGCUUGUACAUAAGUGUGUAGCUAUGUAUAAAAGCUCCAUUCUGAAGAAAGUCCUUAGUUACUUGUGUUCUGGAUCAGGGUCACAGAUUGGGUAGCUUGAACACUGGUUACUAGGCUAGAAAGGAUGAGAAAGGCAAACGGAAGUUUCUCUUUUUCAUCUCACUCUUCCUGAAUGUGCUAGUGACACCCUUCUUUUUCUUUCUUUCUUUUUUUUUUUUUUUUUUUCCUUUUCCUCCUACAUCCUUAUUUUCUGUGCUGCCCAUUCCCCGCUUCCCAUUUGUUAGGGUAGAUAUAUUUUCCUCUCUUACUCGCAGGUCUGCUAGAUUCACAAAACCAGUAGUCCAUCACCCAGGAAACUUGGAUCUAAGCCCCACUGAUAACCUGAAUCAUUUAAAAAAUAGGCCUCAUACUCUGUACUCACACAGACAUUUCAAGAUUCUGCGAUUAUUCAAUGACUGAGUCUUUUUAGGACAUGUUGCUUUACUAAAAUGUCUUUGGUCUCAUGCAUAGCAGGAAGGGGUCCCCUUGUUGUAAAGAUAAUGGAUGGUUAGGGAUUUUCUUUCAGGUUGGAUUACCAGAUAAAAUGCAGGAUGCCCAGUUAAAUUUGAAUUUCAAAUAAAUAAUUUUUAGUGU